CGUGACCAGGACACGGGGAUCUGGGGGCUGGGGAACCCAGAGGCUCCACAUCUGCAAACCUUGUGGCCACUGCAGAGACACAGAGAGAUGAGCGAGAAGAGGGUGGUGGCUGACGGGCCUCUCCAGAGGCGCAGGGCAGCAUCCCUCCGAGGGGGGACCAGGCCCCCCUCGUCCCUGGACAGCCCCCCGCCCUCCAGGACCAGUGUCAUGGGGAGCCUUGUCCAGGGUCCUGGCGUCUAUGUGGGGACAGCUCCCAGCGGGUGCCCAGGGGGCUUGGGGACCCGGGUGACCCGCCGGGCCCUGGGUAUCAGCAGUGUCUUCCUUCAGGGCUUGCGGAGCUCGGGUCUGGCCCCGGUGGUGGCCCCUAGCUUGGAGAGGGACCACCGUGAGGCGGAGGACUUAGGGGGCUGCCUGGUGGACUACCUAGCCAAGGUGCACGCCUUGGAGGAGCUCAGCCAGGAGCUGGAGAGCCAGCUUCGGACGCACCUGGAGGGCAAGGCCAAGCGCUCGGGAGGCUGGGACGCGCUGCGGGCGGCCUGGACCACCAGCUGUCAGCAGGUCGGGGAGGCCGUCCUAGAACACGCGCGGCUCAUGCUGCAGCUGGAGACCAUCCAGGCGGGGGCAGAUGACUUCAAAGAGAGAUACGAGAACGAGCAGCCCUUCAGAAAGGCGGCUGAGGAGGAGAUCAGCUCUCUCUACAAAGUCAUCGACGAGGCGCUGCUGGCCAAAACGGACCUGCAGAGUCAGAUCGAGAGUCUGAAGGAGGAGCUGGGCCUCCUGGCCAAGAGCUACGAGGAGGACGUGAAGCUGCUGUACAAACAGCUCCUGGGGUCUGAGCUGGAGCGCGUGGACAUUGCCACGGUCACGGGUCUCGACGGCAUCCUGGAGUCCAUCCGAGUUCAGUGGGAGAGAGACGCCGAGCAGAGCCGGGCGGAGGCCGGGGCCUUGCUCCAGGCUAAGCAACAGGUGGAAGUGGCGCAGACGCAGGAGGAGCAGCUGGUGGCCGCGCUGAGGGUGGACGUGCACAACGCCAGCUGCGAGGUGCAGAGUCUGCAGGCCGAGACCGAGUCCUUGCGGGCCCUGAAGCGCGGCCUGGAGACGAGCCUGCGGGACGCGGGGCGCUGGCACGAGGCCGAGCUGCGCGACCUGGGCGCCGUGCUGAGCCGGCUGGAGGCCGAGCUGGGCGACGCGCGCGCCGACGCCCAGCAGCAGCUGCAGCAGCGCGCGCACCUGCUCGCCAGCCGCGGCCAGCUGCAGAGCCACCUGCUCGCCUUCCACGCCCUGCUGGACCGCAGGUACGGG